CCCCACCAUCCCGUCAUGUCGUCGUGGGUCUGCUGUCCGUUUGACGAGCUCUCGGCGUCGACCUUGUACGACAUUCUGCACCUGCGCUGCGCGAUCUUCGUCGUCGGCCAAGAGAGUGCGUACUUGGAUCUUGACCACGUCGACAAGCGUUGUCUGCACCUCUUUUAUCUCUCGGAGAAGGGCAGCAUCAUGGCCUACGCGCGGCUCCUCGGGCCAGGCGCCAAGCACGCAACGCAGCAACGACCGAUGAUCGGACGCGUCCUCACGGCACCAAGUGCGCGCGGCAAAGGCCUCGGGAAGGCGCUCGUCACGCGCGCGAUCGCCGAGUGCCGAGCGCGGUGGCCAAACGAAGCCAUCGAGAUCGGCGCGCAGUCGUAUUUGCGAUCGUUUUACGAGGACUUUGGCUUUCGCGUCACGUCGGCGCCGUACAUGCACUACAGCGUCGAGCACAUGGACAUGGUCCGCGACGCUUCCGACGCGGCGGCCGAGUAGACAGACAUCAAGGAUGCGCAUGCCCUAGCCCUAAUGGAAUCUCGUGCUGUGCUUUGCUUGUUUACCACGUCACAACACAAGGGG